UACGACAUUUAUUAGACAAACGUUACACUAAACCAUCUGCUGAAUAAAUAAUACCUCAAAAGGAAAAAAUUGUAAGCAAUAUCAUGCAACAUGAAAAAAAACAUUCCUUACUAAAGCCUGAUGACCUACAAACAGUUACAGUGUUCGUUUAUGCUUCUCGAGUUUGCGUUGCAAAGUACAACGAUGUUCAAAGGAUGUAUCCCGUAUUUGUUCGGUUUUUUGAUGCUGCUGAUUCAUUCGGUUUUCAUAAAAGUGUCAGAAUGUUCUUUGGAUCCUCUCCCACAGUUCAACACAAGUUUCUACGUCAAGACAUUCCUCGAGCUUCAUCGGCAAUUGUGUCCUGUAAAACAAUUCCGAAACCUUGUAAUAAUACAGCUUAGUGAUGAACGUCUUUUCGAAACUAUUUUCCCCGGCAUCAUAAGUGAUCUGACGUGCACCAAAGGUAUAACCGAUUUCGAAACGCUUUAUUUAACAUUUGCCAACAACCCUUACACCUGUAACUUCAUCCCCCUCGAUAGUUUAGUAGAUUUUGAGGUUAGAGGUAUUCUACCGUUGCAGGAAGACAGGAACAACGCUAAACCAUAAUAUUCGUUAUUUUUCAGGGUGCCCAUGAAGUGCAAUAUAGCAUUCGAACGAUUUUCUUCUACCCGAAAUGGAUGUACGAAACAUUUCACGAAUACCCGAAUUCAUCCAUUGCUGCAGCUUUUCGGCGAGGUUACGAAGUGGUUUACGAUCUAGACAACACAAUCGAAAUCUAUCAUAGGAAUCGUUUCUCGCAUAAAACGCUUACGUUUGAUCCUCACAAUAUUAUCGUGCCAGACGAUAGUCGUGACUUGCAUGGAUUUGAAAUUGAACUAUACUUAAUGAAACAUCAUAGCAAAGUAAUGACCUUCGACAUAUACCUUUUCGAGCACAUUUGCCGUAAGAUAAACGCAACUAUUGUUAUCACAGACCGUAACCCCAAAAGUAUGUCUGUUAUGCCUCUAAUAGGUAUAAAUAGUCAGUUUGUAAGAGGCCUAGUACCGGGUGUGGGAACAGUGUUUAGGGCGGUAAAUGUCCCUCGAGCCAAGCCUAAGUCAAUCGUAUCCAUACUGAUCGAUCCAUUCGAUAUGUAUACGUGGAUAACAUACUUGAUAUUAGUUGUUACAAUGGCCAUUACCAUGACCGUGUUUGGAGAGUUUCUUGGAAGGCGUCAUUUUGUGGAGAUAGUUCUAGAGUUGAUCAUGAUUUCUCUCGCAGGUCCUUCAAGAACAUAUGGAGGAACGUUCGAGAAUCGGAUCAUCACUAUAUUCUGUCUUAUGGGCAUAGUGCUCAUAUCGUCCUAUCAAUCACUCGUGAUAUCCUUUAUGUCAUAUGUGCGCUAUCAUCCAGAGAUCGACACACUGGCUGAAAUAGAAGAACGAUGCCUCUUUAUGGAUGACAAGGACGCACGAUUCUUCAACUUCAAGACAUACCCUAACGGCUCUUUUCCCGGGUUUGAUCAAGUAUGUUCAUUUGAAUUAGGACGUGACAACGAACAACGAACCUUGAUGAUAGCCUCACAAUUUCCAUAUGACAGGCGCUUAUUUUCAUCAGAAGACUACAUAUAUUACAGAGUUCAAAAGAAACGCUACGCAAAAACAAAGUUUUUCGAAUACCAACUGUGUUACGUUAUUCAUCCACAUCUACGUAAAUUGUUUAAAUUCUACAUUCAGGCAACAUUCGAAUCAGGUAUCUAUGAUCAUUAUUAUAACAACAAAUCAUUACCCAAUUGGCGCUUUAUCCAUGACACCUUUGUUGAUCGAGUGGUGAAAGUCGGUGAUCUGAUAUUGCUUUGGUAUGCAUAUGCGUGUGGAAUACUACUGAGUGUUGUUUGUUUCGUAAUAGAAACAGUUAUUCAUAAAGAGCUCGAAGAAUUAUCGAAUCGAGAAGAAAUGCUAGGUUUUUAAAGGAACGAAAUUGCAGCAUCUUUUAGGUAGAAUGUUCUUAGUCGAGUGUUAAAAAUGACUCUGUAUAUCUAUUGGAUCUAUAACCUUCUAUAUUUCAUUUUUUCUGGAUAUUGUUUUAGAAGAUAGCUA